AUGGCCCAUCAGGAUAUAUCAAUCGUUGAAUCAACACGACUAGUUGUUCAAUGUGAAGAAAAAGCCGUCCCUUUAUCCCUUCUCGACUGCACAGCCGCCAACUUUUCCAACACCACUGCGAUCUGGCUUUACGAAAAGCCAACCCUACUCGCCCGCAACGAAUACCUUUUUGGCCGUCACCUGCGCAGAGCAUUAUCCACCACUCUACAGUCUUACCCUCAAUGGUGCGGACAUUUGAAGGCUGUUGAGUCUACAGACGGAAGUGUCCCACCAGAAGCCAAGCACUUCCCUCCGCAUGCGCGACGCUUUGGACGACUAUACGCGCACUUUGGAACCGAGAAUGAUCCUGGUGUGGAAUUCGUCUACGCCAAAAGCUCUGUUGCGCUCGAUUCUUUAUACCCCUUCAACAGAAUCUCCAAACAUCCCAUUUGGCCCUGCGAGUCCACGCGGUUCCAACAAUUCCUACCAUCAGUGCCGAUAGCUAAGCCACUAAAUCAUGUCAUCAAAGAUGAAAGCGGUCGAUUAUAUCCUCUCCUUGCAGUCCAGAUAACUGAAAUGACCUGCGGUGGAUUUGUCCUGGCUUUGAACGGUUCGCAUCCUCUCGCUGAUGCCACAACCUUCAUGUCUCUUCUCAAAGACUGGGCUUCCAUCAGCCAAUCUUUACUUCGCGGAGAGUCUGCCAUUCGGCCGGCACCCAUCUUCGACCCUGCAAUUGUUGACAAACUCGCCGCUGGAGACAUCAAUAUUGUACACCCAGACGAAAAUCUUGUAAAACAAGCCAAAUCGUUACCGAUGCACAGAUAUGACUGGUGGGCUCCUGGUUCAGCACCUCCCUGGCCAUUUAAGAUUCCGGAGCCUUUCGACAAGCCGGAACUCGAACCAGUAGGCAACGUUAUGCCUUGGGAAGACUGGGAUAUCACUUCUCCGGUAUCCAAAUGUGUUGUUCACCUCAGCAAAGAACAAGUCGACGUUCUAUGGAAGAAAGCAAAUGAGGGUUCAACACAAAGGCUCAGCCAGCACGAUGCGAUCUUGGCUCAUAUAUGGUCCUGCAUAGCCCGCGCGCGGCGCUUAGAGAACGACAAAAAUCCUUUCCAUUGCGACCUCGUCUAUGGUAUCAGGCCAUCUUUUCAGCUAGACAACAAAUUCAUUGGGUCGCCUAUUAUCAUGAUGAACAUCGAACUUCCUGCAUCACAAGUCUGCGAUCGAUCCAACGCGACUGGUGUAGCCAACCAGGUCCGCGAUACCCUUAAGAUAACCUCCAAUCCAUCGAACAUAUCCGCUCACAUCCACACACUCGCCUACGAGAAGUCUCCUCAGCGAAUAUGGCAAGCAUUCCUGGGUCGCCGUCAUGUAUUGGUAACGACUUGGGCACGAGCUGGGGUUUAUGGAAUCGAUUUUGGGCUUGGCUCUACAUCUGUCUAUGCAGAAGGCAUUGUACCGGAGAUGGAUGGCAAUGUUUUGAUCAAGGAAGCACCUGGCCCCCUCCAAAAGUAUUGGACUGAUAAUGGUGUCGAUAUAUCAAUCCAUUUGGUAACGGAUGACAUGAAACACCUAGUAAUGGACUCACUGCUGUUCCCGACGGUCAUGCCUCAUGAAGAAGACACUUCUUGA